AUGUCCGGCACAACCGCUAAGACCAGCUCCUCGAUACAGCUCACACACCGCGAUGAGCGUACCUUUCUCAUGUCGGUGGUGCAAUCGCUGGUACGACUAAUGCGAGUUCGCAUCAGCAACCGUCAAGCAAACCACGAAGACGGCUCCAUCAAACUGAACCCGAGCAAAUCGAACCUCUCCCAAUGCACCCUCCACGAACGAACCGUCAGAGAUGUACACAUAUACGAUGUGAUACCACCGAAUCAAGCAGUGAAGAGAUCGAAGAAACGUAUAUACUACUUCGCUGGUGGUAGUUGGCAAGAACCGCCUUCGCCUCAACACUACAAGAUAUGUGCAAAGCUAGCCAAAGACAUGUCCGAUACUUCCAUAUCUAUUGUCUCCACGCCGCUUGCCCCGAACGAUCCAGCGCCAAAGUCUUUUCCUGUUUGCCAAAACAUGUAUCGCGCUUUGAUGACAGAGGCAGAAGAGGCAGGAGAGAAGGUCAUACUGGCAGGCGAUUCGUCGGGUGCGAAUAUUGCGUUAUGUCUUGUACUAGAAGCUCUCCACGAGGACAGCGAACAAGAAGGCGUAGAGAUCAAGCAAAGACCACACCCUGUCGCCAUUAUGAAUGUGUGCCCGUCGACCGACCUCACGCGCGCCAAUCCAGAUAUCGACAAAGUCGCACCUCGAGACCCUCUGCUCACACCCAAAAUAAUCAGGCUGACAGCAAGAGCAUGGCAAGGCGACUGGGAUCCCGCCGAUCGCCGGAUCUCACCAAUCAACGCUGAUGUCUCACUACUUGCGAAGAAGGGCAUCAAGGUACACGGCAUAACUGCUGGAUGCGACGUGCUCAGUCCUGACGGUAUCAUCUUCCGCAAUAAGUGCGCUGAAGCAGGCGUCGUCGGCGAAUGGGUUCAUUGGGAGAAGCAGAUGCACUGCUUCGUGCUCACUAUGCCAUACGGGUUAACAGAAGCAAAAGACGCUAUCCAGUGGAUUGUCGAUGUAUUGAAGAAGGAAUGA